UUUCUACUCCUCCUAAACAGCGAUAGAAUCCGUUGGAACUCCCAUUUCGUCGCUCGUCUUUCAACUCCGGCUUGGAAGUAAAGAUGCAGUCCGUUUACCGGCGUUUGCGCCACCACCACUUCCACCAGUCACCUGCACAAUUCACCCAUCGGUUUAAUGGAGCAAAUGAUUCGAGGUCCGCUUCUACUCUUGCCACCAAAGGCGUGGGGCAUCUAGUUCGCAAGGGCACUGGUGGAAGAUCAUCCGUUAGUGGCAUUGUUGCGACGGUGUUUGGUGCUACCGGAUUUCUUGGGCGAUAUUUAGUGCAACAGCUCGCUAAGAUGGGUUCCCAAGUGCUAGUUCCUUUUCGAGGUUCUGAGGAUUCUCAACGACACCUUAAAUUGAUGGGUGAUUUGGGUCAGAUUGUUCCCAUGAAAUAUAAUCCAAGAGAUGAAAAUUCCAUCAAGGCAGUCAUGGCAAAGGCCAAUGUUGUCAUUAACCUUAUUGGAAGGGAGUACGAGACCAGAAAUUUUGGUUUCGAGGAAGUGAACCAUCAUAUGGCCGAGAAGCUUGCCGUGAUUGCAAAAGAACAUGGCGGUAUCAUGAGAUACAUCCAAGUUUCAGGCUUGGGAGUAUCUCCAUCAUCUCCAUCUAGACUGCUUAGAGCUAAAGCAGCUGCUGAAGAAGCUACUUUACGAGAACUACCUGAGGUCACAGUUAUGAGACCUGCUGUGAUGAUUGGGACAGAGGAUAGAAUAUUAAACCCAUGGGCACACUUUGCUAAAAAGUACAGCUUUCUCCCACUUAUAGGGGGUGGAUCAACUAAAAUUCAGCCUGUAUAUGUAGUGGAUGUUGCUUCUGCCAUUAUUGCGGCCUUAAAAGAUGAUGGAUCCAGCAUGGGCAAGACUUAUGAACUUGGUGGACCAGAAAUUUAUACCAUACAUGAAUUAGCAGAACUUAUGUAUGACACCAUUCGUGAAUGGCCUCGCUAUGUCACAGUUCCUUUCCCUGUUGCUAAGGUACUUGCAACUCCCCGCGAGUUAUUGCUGAACAAAGUUCCGUUCCCAAUGCCUGUCCCUACCAUAUUCAAUCUCGAUCAAAUUGAAGCCCUUUCCACUGAUACAGUGGUUUCAGACGAUGCUUUGACAUUCGAGGAUCUGGGAAUCACGCCACGCAAGCUGAAGGGUUACCCAACCGAGUUUCUUAUACAAUACCGUAAAGGUGGACCACAGUACGGUUCAACGGUUAGCGAGAAAGUAUCGCGGUCAUGGGAUUGAGGUUGAGCCGUUUUAUCCGACAUUUAAGGUAGGGAUGUUGUUGCCUGCAUUCCUGCUCCAUUCUCUAUGAUAAUGAAUGCAAAUUUGUGUCACCUCAUUGUGGUGGUGGUGGUGAUGGAGAAUGCGAAAUAGUUGAAACUUGUUAAGUUGGUUUAAGCCUUAAUAAACGAAUGAGAUCAACCUCGUUGAAAAGUGGAUUCUUCAAUGGAUAUUGCUAAUUUGUUUUUAGCAAGAUUAUAUUUUUUUCAA